GGAAGAUACCGGUGUCACACAACAAAUGGCACUCAUGCCGGUGGCACGUUAAAGCAACCCAUUACACUCUUGGAGUGGUUGGCGUUAGGGAAGGCAUCCAGCAGUAGAAAAACAGUGCCAAAUCUGACUGGAGUCUGGCGUGGCCUUCCAGUUCGCCAGCCCAGUCAAACUGUCCGACCCAUGCCAGCAUGGACAACAGACAUUAAAUGAUGAUGACGAUGAUGCUACUGUAACUACUACUGCCAAUACUGUACUACUGUAACGCCACAACACUACACCACCACCACGAACACUAUCAAUGCCGCCACCACCAUUGACUACACUACACCAACACUACAACCAUUUACUACUAUAUAUGUAUAUGGGUGUGUGUGUGUGUAUAUAUAAAUGCAUGCAUAUAUACACGUGUGCACGUACAUGUAUCAAUCAAUGAGGAUUCAGUUGUUUGACCUCCACUGAAUUAUCUGCUCCUGAACUAGCAUGUAAUUGGCUGAGUACUCCCCAGACAUCUGCCCUUAAUAUGACACUGUCUGACAAGGCCGAACCAUUUUGCAUUAUAAGUACAACCCAGUUUCUGUCAACCAAAUCCACUCACAAGACUUUGGUUGGCCCGAGGCUAUAGAAGAAGACACUUGCCCAAGGUGCGACACAGGGGGACUGAACCCGGAACCAUGUGGUUGGUAGGCAAACUACUUACCACACAGCCACUCCUGAUGAUGAUGAUGAUAUUUGAUGAUAACGAUAUUUGAUGAUAACAAUGUUUUUGUUUUGUAUAUUCCAGGUAUGAAUGGAACUCAUUCACCUCUUGGUCUGAACGGCCGCACUCCAUCGCCUCCCGGCUCAAUGCCCAACUCAGUAUCAACACAGCAGUUGCCACCGGCAUGUGGUGCCCGGCAGCUGAGCAAGUUAAAACGGUUCCUGACCACGCUGCAGCAGUUUGGCUCAGACAUCUCACCCGACAUCGGCGAGCGUGUACGGACGCUGGUCCUCGGUCUUGUGAAUUCACAUUUGUCCAUAGAAGAGUUCCAUGCCAAACUGCAGGAGGCUACCAACUUCCCACUUCGACCAUUCGUUAUUCCAUUUCUCAAGGCCAACUUACCUCUGCUCCAAAGAGAACUCCUCCACUGUGCUCGCAUGGCUAAACAGACCCCGCAGCAGUACCUCGCUCAGAACGAACACAUCCUCUUCGAUACGUCCAACUCCCCCGUUGAGUCACACGACUCACUGUCUUCAGAGUUCAACGAGAAUGGCAAACGAAGAUCACCUGACAGACCAACGAAGGAGAACGGUAGCGACAGUCACAUGGAUACGCUCCACUCGGCGAAACGCCACCCUAGCAUGAGUCCCCUGGGCAACAACCGCAUCAGUCCGAACGGCAUGGUGAACCUGAACUCUGGUGGCCCCAUCCGCCUCGGAGACAUCAGUCUGUCGAGGGAGCUGCGGGAGCGUGAACGGUUGGAACAGGAAAGGAUAGAAAGGGAACGAGCAGAGCGUGACAGGGAGCGAGACCGAGAUAGGCAUUACCCAAGUUACAGUUUCUCUCGGAAUGAUCCCUUUGACCCUCCUUUUGACCGACUGGACGAUAACUGGAAACAUGUGGAGACGAUGUUACACUGUAUAAUUGGUAUGGUAAACAAAACAAAGAGGGCGCUAGCAGUACUGCAAGAACGGAGCAUUCGCGAUAGAGAAGAAUUAUCUCUGUGGAUGAGAAGACAUGCUGAAGAAGAAGCGGUCAGCGAGGUGAAACGCCAGGCCAUGCUGGAGCUUCAAAAGGCUGUAGCAGCCGUUGAACAAAAGGCCAAUGAAUUGGUGGCCAGCGAACGACAGAAGAUGGACCGGGCAUUGUCCGAGGCCCGGAAACAGGCCCACGACGAACUGUUAUCUACCAUAAAUCACCAAGAGGAAUCUAGUGAGGUAGGUUGAUUUUCAUGUAACCAUUUCUGUGGUCUUUGAGGGUUCCUUAGGCAAGGUUAUCAGCCU